AUAGUAUUCCGUGCGCGUUGUUUGACGAUUGGUAACUGAGGUGCUGUACUACGUCGGUGGACCGUUUCUAAAAGAGGAAGUCAAAUUUUCCAGCCCUGGUCUAGCCCAAUUUUGGUCCCACUCGGAAUAUUGAAUUGAAUGUUAUUCCUGUUUUUCCAGACCAUGGCAAGUUUGAUAACACUAAUCAUUAUCUUAUUACAUUCUAGCAUGCACUUUCUUGUAUCUACUAAACCCUAAUAUCGUCGGACUGUGGAAAUACUCACAUGCCCAGUCGAUUCCUGCCCACUUGGGUUUGGGGCACUGAAGAUGGUCGAUCGGUUGGAGGGAGAAAUGAGUCUGGCUCGAUGUCCAGACAUUUAUCUUGUAUUAAAUACGCCGAAAGGUCGAGGAGUGGUUGCGCGGAGUCAUAUACCAGCUAGAACCAUUUUGGACGUUUGUCCAGUCUUGGUGCUAUCUCUCGAGGAUAAUGAGAAGCAUAUAAAGCAUACAGAGCUGUUUCACUACACAUAUAACUGGCCGCAUCAAGAUGAAAAGGGCAUUCUCCGCAUGCACCAGGCCAUAUGUUUCGGACUCGGCUCUAUGUUCAACCAUUCCCACCACAAUCAGAACGUCGUAUGGGAGCGGGACCAACAAUCAAAGACCAUCACAUACCGGGCCGCACGAGACAUUCCACCGGGCGAAGAACUUUGCAUCUCAUACGGCUCCCAUCUGACAUUUACAGAUGCAGAUAGCCCCGAGGGCGAAGAAGAACCGGAGCUCUUGUUGGAUAAAAUACAGAUUUGACCAUCGACGGCCAAUGGGAGGAGGAUUACCGAUUUAGCAGUCCAAGUGCAGAAGAGGAAGUUCAUCAAACAUGCCGAUGCCUGCAAAAUCAACCCGA